AUGCUGGGACUGCGGCCAAAGCUCAAGGCGCGGCCUUCUCUGCUAGACCUGAUUCGCGAAGGAGGCAGCACCAAAGGCGACAGUGACAUCGAUAACGACGACAGCAGCAACUCUGAAAGCGAUUACGGCAGCGCAUCCGCCCCUGGCUUGCAGUCCCUCGUGGACAGUACAGAUACAGAUACGGGUACUGGUGCUGCUGCUGUCGCUAGGCCUGGUACUUCUGGGAGCACUGCUGCCAUCGCUUCGGGGGCCAGUUUUGUUGUUAGCGGCCCCAAAGCUCGAGCUGGUGGGACUGCUGGCGCUGCUCCAGGCGCUGCCAGCGCUACAUCAUCGCCUCCACCGGCGCCGAGCCCUGGCGCUCCUGCAACCAUCAAGCUGCCGCUGCUGUUGCGAAACUCUCCACCUCCAUCUCCUUCUCCAUCGCCAUCUCGCCCGUCUCAGUCGUCCUCUGUCCCCCCCGAUCGAGAGCUCGACGACGCUCCUCCUCUUCAAUCGCCCAAGAUGCCUUCUAAAACCACAGAAUCAGAUGGCGAUGCCAUUCACUAUGGCAAGAUUUACUCCAUCUCAGGUCCCGUCAUUGUCGCCGAAGACAUGAUUGGUGUUGCCAUGUACGAAUUGGUCAGAGUUGGCCACGACAACCUCGUUGGUGAGGUUAUUCGAAUCAACGGCGACCAGGCCACCAUCCAGGUCUACGAAGAAACUGCCGGUGUCAAGGUUGGUGACCCCGUUGCUCGGACAGGUAAGCCCUUGUCCGUCGAGCUGGGCCCCGGCCUGCUCAACAGCAUCUACGACGGUAUCCAGCGACCUCUAGAGGCCAUCUCCAAGAUAUCAAAGUCCAUCUAUAUCCCUCGCGGCGUUGCUGUUCCUGCCCUUGACCGAGAAAAGAAGUGGGAGUUCACUCCUCAGCUCAAGGUUGGCGAUCAUGUUUCCGGUGGUGAUGUUUGGGGUACGGUUUUCGAGAACUCUUUCCUGGCAGUUCACAAGAUUUUGUUCUCUCCUCGCGCUCGAGGUGUCAUCACCAAGAUUGCCCCCAAGGGCGAAUACACUGUUGUGGACAAGAUUCUCGAGGUAGAGUUCGACGGCAAGAAGACGGAGUAUCCCAUGAUGCAGAGCUGGCCCGUUCGAGUUCCCCGUCCCACGUCGGAGCGAUUGACGGCCGACCAGCCGUUCGUUGUUGGACAACGAGUUCUUGACGCUCUCUUCCCCAGUGUCCAGGGCGGAACCGUUGCCAUCCCAGGCGCUUUCGGCUGCGGCAAGACUGUCAUCAGUCAGUCUGUGUCCAAGUUCUCCAACAGUGAUAUCAUCGUCUAUGUCGGAUGCGGAGAGCGUGGAAACGAAAUGGCUGAAGUCUUGAAAGAUUUCCCCGAGCUUACCAUUGAGGUUGAUGGCCGCAAAGAGCCCAUCAUGAAGCGAACCUGUCUCAUUGCCAACACCUCAAACAUGCCCGUCGCCGCUCGUGAAGCUUCCAUCUACACUGGUAUCACUGUCGCCGAAUACUUCCGUGACCAAGGUCUCAACGUCGCCAUGAUGGCUGAUUCAUCGUCUCGAUGGGCCGAGGCCCUGCGUGAAAUUUCUGGUCGUUUGGGUGAAAUGCCUGCUGAUCAGGGUUUCCCUGCCUAUCUUGGUGCUAAGCUCGCUUCCUUCUACGAGCGAGCUGGCCGAUCCAAGACCUUGGGAUCACCCGAACGCAGCGGCAGUGUCAGCAUUGUCGGUGCCGUCAGCCCUCCGGGUGGUGACUUUUCAGACCCUGUCACCACCUCAACUCUCAACAUUGUCCAGGUCUUCUGGGGUUUGGACAAGAAGCUUGCUCAGCGAAAGCACUUCCCCUCCAUCAACACGAGCGUCUCAUACAGCAAGUACAACACGGCCUUGGACAAGUGGUACGAGCAGAACAACCCCGACUUUCCCAGACUGCGAGACCGCGUCAAGCAGCUCAUUUCCGAUUCGGACGAGUUGGAUCAGGUUGUGCAGCUGGUCGGAAAGAGUGCUCUGUCCGACCCCGACAAAAUCACUCUUGAUCUCGCUGUUCUGAUCAAGGAAGAUUUCCUGCAGCAGAACGGUUACUCCGAUUAUGACCAGUUCUGCCCUCUCUGGAAGACGGAAUGGAUGAUGAAGCUCAUGGUUGGUUACUACGACGAGGCGCAAAAGGCCGUUACUCAGGGCCAGAGCUGGGCAAAGGUGCGCGAGUCAACAAGCGACCUGCAAGCUAAGCUGCGACAACUGAAGUUUGAGGUCCCCACCGAUGGUGAAGACGUGAUUGUCAAGAAGUACGAGGCUAUCCAGCAGGAGAUGCUGGACAAGUUUGCGUCCGUUGCUGACGAGUAA